AUGCAUUGUCCAUCUCUUUAUGCCUUGUCAACGCCAAACUUGUGUUUAAUAAGCACUACUCAAUCUCUAGUCCGAAGCCAUACCCAUGCAAUCCAGGUUCGGACCUGUACGGGCCGCCUGGCAUGAUCUGAAGCACGAUCUCAAAUCCACACAAUGGUUGCGCGGCUUCGGUUGGACCCUCGGCGUCUUCUGGCUCUUUGGUCUCAUCGUCAGCGCAAUCAUGGUUGGCAUGAUGUCUGCGUUUACCACGACUGAUUCUGCGUGCUUGCCGGACAGCAGUUUUAGCCUGCGGCCGGACACGUUCAGCAUGUGGUCUUCCACAGGCUUCUUCCAGAUUACCCUUGGGGGCGGGAAUCUAAGUUUUGCGCAGGCAAAGCUCGUGGAUAUCGUAUGGGAUAUUGGUAUCGGACGCGGCGGCCAGGUGAUUCUGGCAUUUAUAUCCUGGCGCGAAUUCGCACGGUAUUUGACAAUUUGUAUGGCGAGUGAGCCAGUCACAUAUCAGGUCUUCCGUGCCAUCUUUAUCGAGAACGACGCCUCUGUUCUCUCAACAUGCCGCACAAUUAAGAGCUUCAUAACGCAGCGUCGACUUAGGUCAAAAGUCGCUAUGGCAUUCAUGACCGCGACCAUGCUUUUCAUCCUCGCAUUUCCAACGCUGAUGAGCGCUAUGAGCGGCUAUGAUUCUAAUGUUUCGUCGAGAGUGCCGGACCUGAGCGAUAAUCUUGUUCCAUUUGGUAAUUUCUCGCGGGUACUUUAUUUUAUCCGAGAUGGCUCGAGAAUAAACGAAUCGGAUAACCUGUGGGUCUUGGAUAAGACUCUAGGGAAAGGAAGAGAUCCUGUAAUCGGUAAUGGAAGAAUCCAGCAGAGUGACCUAGCUUACAGAGUCUCUCUAUACGUCCAUGUAUAUGGCCUUGGUGGUGGACGGAAUGAGCCAUCGGACUUCCCUGGCCCGUCAUCCCCUUUCUCUUAUUCGGAUUCGUAUUGGGGCGGGACAAACAGCACACUGAAUCCACCAACACUCAAUAUCACUGCUUACACCCUUGAAGACACCAGAUUGAAGUCUUAUAACAUCUCCGGUGCACAGGGUAUGAGUUGGGUCAGAGAUGGCAAUCUCUUCAACCGCACAUAUAUUGAAAACAAAGGGCAGUGUCAAAACACAGGCACUUAUAGGUGGGGCUUCUCCUUCCUCCAGCUGUUCCUCUGCAUCAUUCUCCUCCUCGCGUGGACAAUCGGAAUCUAUAUAAUGUGGCUGUAUACGCACUAUACCCUCCUCUUGCACUCGCGCCUCUCAGAAGAAGUCUCCGGCGUGCACCGCGCCGUGCUCGAGCUAGCGGCUGCCAUGCAAUCCGAUCUUGAUAUCGCAGACCUUGAUGUCUCUUUGCUUCGUGAGAAACAGCUUGACGAACGGAUCAAGAAGGAGAUCAGCGGUGGGAGGGUUAGUUAUGCGUAUGCAGAAGAGAAGAAGGGGAUGUAUAGUAUUCGCAGGGGAAUGAGAGAAUGGUGGAGAAAGGAUAAGUGGUGGUUUGGGGCAAUGUUUUGCAUGUCGGUGCUUUGCUCGACGUGUUGGAUGGCGUGGAAUUGGUGGUUUUGGAUCUGGCUGUGGUCUAUUUGGCUCGGGCUUUUUUGGGCAUUUUGUAUUGGGACUACAACGGGUAGUCGAUUGCUCGUUCUUAUUUUUUGGGCCGUAUUUGGGGCGUUUGCUGUUGCGAUUUCUGCAAUGAUAAUUGCGAGGCAGGACAACGUUUACUACGGAUGAAGCCGAGCACAUGCUAGAAUAUUAUAGCUUUCAUUUCUAUGUCAUGACCAUGCGC